UCUAGAAAGGGGAGUGUGGUGUAACUGUGUUUCUCUCUCUUGAUGCAAAAACAGAGCCCACUGAGAGAGAAUUGCUAAUCAUCAUCAUCAUGAAACACUCUCUGCAACAUGCACUCCUAAAAAGCAAACCCAACCACCAUCAAAACCACCCUUCCCCACCUUAAAUUUACACACACACACACAUUUCUUGCUCACUCAAUUCCAUUUCCACCACCAUGGCCCUAAUUUCAUCCUUCUUCCUCCUCUUCAUCCUCGCCGGCGGCGCCGGCGGCGCCGCCGCGGCUCCGCCGAUCCAGCUUCUGUCACUCCUCUCGAUUAAAUCAUCACUCGUCGACACCCAAAACACGCUCCUUGAUUGGGAUCCGAGAGCAGCAUUUUCCAGGCCCGGUUCGCAGGCCGCGUGGUGCUCGUGGUCCGGCGUGAAAUGCGAUCGCCGGACGGACGAAGUUACAACCCUGGACUUGUCGGGGCGAAACCUCUCCGGCGCGAUACAUUCCGAUGUUAGGUAUCUGUCACAUUUGCACCAUUUGAAUUUGAGCUGGAAUUCAUUCGACGGGGCAUUAAACGACGCCGUUUUCGAACUGCCGAACCUCAGAACCCUAGACAUCAAUCACAACUUCUUCAAUUCGAGCUUUUCGCCGGGAGUUUCGAAACUCAAAUCCCUCACCUUCCUCAAUGCAUACAGCAACAGCUUCGCCGGACCGUUGCCGGAGGAGCUCGUGUCUCUCGGCAAUCUCGAGUACCUGAACCUCGGCGGCAGCUACUUCGAAGGCGAAAUCCCUUCCAGUUACGGCAAAUUCUCAAAGCUGAAAUCUUUAUACCUGCAUGGGAAUUCCCUCACGGGUCGGAUCCCACCCGAGUUGGGUCUGCUGAGUCAACUCGAACACGUGGAAUUGGGGUACAAUGCUUACGUCGGUGGACUCCCCGUGCAGUUUUCCAGCUUAUCAAGUUUAGUGUAUCUCGAUAUCUCGUCGGCGAAUCUCUCCGGCAAUCUUCCACCGGAGCUGGGCGGAUUGGGGAAUCUCGAGGUGCUGCUGCUGUUCAAGAACAACUUCUCCGGCCCCAUUCCGGCGACAUGGGCUCAAAUGGAUUCGUUACAGAUUCUCGAUUUAUCCGACAACAACCUCUCCGGUGAAAUCCCCGGCGGAUUAUCAUACCUGAAGGAGAUCAACACGCUGUCGUUGAUGAACAAUAAGCUGACCGGUGAAAUUCCAGGUGGCAUCGGCGAGCUUCCCAACUUAGAAAUCUUGUCUCUGUGGAACAAUUCUCUUACAGGAAUUCUACCUCAGAAACUCGGCUCAAACGCCAAGCUACAAAAACUCGACGUCUCUUCGAAUUCGCUGUGGGGCCCGAUUCCUCUGAAUCUCUGCCUAAGCGAUAAGCUGUUAAAACUCGUGCUCUUUUCGAACCGACUCUCCGGCGAGAUUCCGGCGUCGUUAGCGAAUUGCACGGCCUUAAACCGUGUGAGGAUUCAGAACAACAUGCUCAAUGGCUCGAUACCGUUUGGAUUUGGUUCGUUGCCUAAUCUUACUUACUUUGAGCUAAGUCAAAACAGAUUAUCCGGACCGAUUCCGAAAGAUCUCGGCAAUGCGGUGAAAUUGGCGUUCUUGAAUAUAUCGGCGAACAAUUUCGAUUCCGAGCUGCCGGACAACAUAUGGAGCGCUCCGAGUUUGCAGAUUUUUUCCGCAAGUUCUUCGAAUCUCAACGGUAAAAUCCCCGAUUUUAUCGGGUGCUCGAGUUUUUACAAUAUCGAAUUGGACGGAAACAAUCUCAGCGGUAGCAUUCCGUGGGACAUCGGCCACUGCGAGAAGCUGAUUUCGUUAAAUUUACGUAGAAAUUCACUGACGGGAAUCAUCCCGUGGGAGAUUUCCGCACUCCCCGUCAUUACAAACGUCGAUUUAUCGAACAAUUCUCUCACGGGAGCGAUCCCUUCGAAUUUCAACAACUGCAGCACGCUCGAGAAUUUCAAUGUGUCGUACAACCGCCUGACGGGGCCCGUACCCUCGUCGGGGUUACUAUUCUCCGUUCUUCACCCGUCCUCGUUCGCCGGGAACGAAGGCCUCUGCGGCGGGAUUUUAAACAAAUCCUGCCGAACAGACGGGCUGGCGGAGGGUCCCGUCGUGGAGGCCCGUCGCCAGCCCAAGAGGGCGGCCGGGGCAAUCGUCUGGAUAAUGGCGGCGGCUUUCGGCAUCGGCCUAUUUGUCCUGAUCGCGGGCGCCCGUUUCUUCAAGGCGAAAUACGGACGUAAAUUUUCCAACGACCGUGAAAUCGGCCCAUGGAAGCUAACAGCUUUCCAGAGGCUGAAUUUCACGGCGGACGAUGUUCUGGAGUGCCUCAACACGACCGAUAAGAUCCUCGGCAUGGGGUCCACGGGCACGGUGUACAAGGCUGAGAUGCCAGGUGGCGAGAUCAUAGCGGUCAAGAUACUCUGGGGGAAGAACAAGGACAAUAUCGCCACAAUCAGGCGGAGGAGAGGAGUGUUGGCCGAGGUCGAUGUGUUGGGCAACGUGAGGCACCGAAAUAUAGUUAGAUUGUUGGGUUGUUGCAGUAACAACCAAUGCACGAUGUUGUUGUACGAGUACAUGCCGAACGGGAGCUUGGACGAUUUAUUGCACGGGAAGAAUAAUAAGUGCGACAAUUUGGUGGCCGAUUGGGUGACUAGGUACAAGAUUGUGCUCGGCGUGGCGCAAGGGAUAUGUUAUCUUCACCACGACUGUGAUCCCGUGAUCGUUCAUCGGGAUUUGAAGCCGAGUAAUAUUCUAUUGGACGGUGAAAUGGAGGCUCGAGUGGCCGAUUUCGGGGUCGCGAAGUUGAUUCAGACCGACGAGUCGAUGUCGGUUAUUGCCGGAUCUUACGGUUACAUUGCCCCCGAGUACGCGUACACAUUGCAAGUUGACGAGAAGAGUGAUAUUUACAGCUACGGCGUGGUGUUGAUGGAGAUUUUGACCGGAAAAAGAUCGGUGGAUUCGGAAUUUGGCGACGGGAAUAGUAUAGUGGAUUGGAUCAAAUCCAAAAUUAAAACGAAAAAUGGUUUGAACGAUGUCUUAGAUAAAAAUGCCGGCGCAUCGUGCGCUCCGGUGAGGGAGGAAAUGAUGCUACUCCUUAGGGUUGCGUUGCUAUGCACUAGUCGGAAUCCGGCCGACCGUCCAUCUAUGAGGGACGUUUUGUCCAUGUUGCACGAGGCCAAGCCUCACCGGAAACUGCCGGGGAGUGGCGGUGAUGGGCUGGUCGAUUUUCCGGACCCCCUAAAACCUAAUGUCGAAUGUUGAUAAUCUAUUUAUAUGUUUUCGAGUGUUGGGGUUUUUUUUUUUUUUUUUUUUUUUAAAUUUUGGGUUGUUUCUUAUGAGUUUAAAAUUGUGGGGAUUGGUAUAUAUAGAUUGAGUAAUUAAAUAUUUUUUCAAA